UGGGUCUGACGCACAAGAUUGGAUUUGUUAAGAGAUAAAAUAAUUCGUUCUUCUCCAUUGUGAACUAGUCUGUUCUCUGAGUAAAAUGGGCUCCAUCGUCUGUACAGCUGCAACGGUAGGCGAAUUUUAUUAUUUAUUGGUCCUAUUUAGUGAAGCAGACUUCGAUUUUCGAUUCAAAAGAUGCCAAUUCCAGUUUAGGGAGAAAAACAUACAGAGUACGCUUUAGUGAAAGACUUAGGGGUUGAAUUUUCUUCCUUUAUUUCUACAAGGAUCAUUAUGAUCUUUAGAAACCUUUCAAUGGCCGAGCCUUUUAUACUGUGCUAAGAUCUUCCCUCGAGAACAACAAAUGUGGUAUAGAAUAUCGUUCUGUUGACCACCGCUUAGCAAUUCAAAAAUAUGGUGAUCUAUCUUCGCACCUGCUUCAAGAUUUGACCAUUUACUGACACAAAAUAAUGAACCGCAUCCUGGAUAUGGCUCUCUUUUCUUGACUCUGGCCUAAACAUAAUGUAUCGGGCGACAUGUAAAUAUUGUUCAACUUUGGCUGGAAUAAUUGCCUGUUGACAUACAGUUAACAUGCCCCCCCCCCGCUCUGCCACGCCCAAUUUUUCCAGAGUUUGUUUUGAGGAGAGGGUCAAUCUUGCAUGUACAAGUAUGUUCAUUUACAAAGAUUUAACUUUGAAUUGUUUUCACACAGUAUUGAUUGAUUUCUUUACAUUUUAAUGUCAAGUGUGCAUGUUGCUGCUGCCCAACAGUUGCAAGCUGUUGUUGUGCAUGUUGUCCAUCAUGUCGCAGCUCCACUUCCACCAGGAUUGUAUACACACUAUUUCUUCUCAUUGGGACAAUUUUGUCCUGUGUGAUGUUAUCCUCAGGAAUACAAGAUACCAUGGUAGAGAAGGUAACUAAGUCACUUAGUAAGUCUAAAGAUGAUGAUAUAGAAGUCGUGCAAAUGUGAGGUUUGACAAUAAUUUUAUACUCGGCUCAAAAAUUUUGAGUCAAUUUUGAUUUUUGUCCUUCUCCAUUAAAAAUGCUAGCCUCUAUCACAGUGUGCCCAUUUCUAACCAUUUCACUCCAAGCAAUGACCCAAAAGAAAGUUCAUCUUACAAUAUCAAUAAAUGUUCAAGGAGAACAGUGGUGAGAACAAAGAAAAUAUCAACCACGAGAUAUUGCUUGAUUUAAAAGCACAUUUGGAAGGCUGAAAUUAGACAGACAGAGCAAAUGAUAGAUAUUUAAUUGUUGGAACUCAAAAGGUUAAAUACAAUUCAUGUUCAGCAACUAUACAUAAAAAGAAUUGCAGUCUGUUUAUCCAUCUAGCAGUUCAUAAGGGUUAGAAAAAAUAUAUUAAAAGAUACUUGGUCCUAAAACUCCCACCAAAUGAUAAUGCAGUGUAUAAUUUGCACACAAAAUCCUGACAAUGGAACUUGAACUAAAACAUGGUGCUACUUACACAGGGCAUGGUCAUAAAUAUCAUUUACUUGCACUCUUGCAAAUUUAAAAAUGUCUGAGUUAGUUGCUGCAGCGGCAUCUCAGAACUCUUCUUUUUGCAUUUCAUUUGUGACAUCUCUAGGUUCCAUUCUUUAAUGAAGCCUGCAAAGCAGCAACUUUAGGAACCAACUGUGAUGUGUUGGUUGGUUACUUGGCAGUUUACAGGAUUUGUUUUGGAAUGGCAGCCUUCUUCUUUCUUUUCAUGAUUCUUAACAUUGGGGUUGGCUCCAGUAAGGACUGUCGAGGUGGACUGAACAAUGGGUGAGGAGAUAACAUUAAUUAUAUACUAAGUUAGACUUGUGAAAAAACUGUUAAAAAAAAAAAAUAAAACAAAACAAAACAAACAAUUUAUAUGUUUAUAAGUGCAUGUAGGAAUCAUGAAUAAUAAUUAUGUUAUAAAAUGCAAACUAUGCUAUUAUAAAUGCAAACUAUGAUCAUUGAAAAUUUCUCUUGUGCUGCUCUCAAUCAUGUUUGAACCUCUUGUGAUAUCAUUUAAAGCUGGUACAUUGAGCCGGCAAUGAGUGAAAUUAAAUGAAGGAUCAGUCUGUAAUUCACCUUCAGUUGAGACACUUUGUUUUCCAUAUUUUUUUUAGGUUCUGGGGCCUUAAGUUUCUUCUUCUCAUAGCUUUGUGGGUGGCUGCUUUUUUUAUUCCCAGAGGAAGCUUUGGAGUUGGUGAGCAAGACCACUGUCACUUUCCUUGAAUGUCAACCUUAUUAUAAGUUACUUUAAGUUUAGAAUUGUUUUAUCCAAAAUUGAGAAAUCCUCUCUAUUUCUCUCUAUCUCUUGGGUGAUUCAUUAAAAAUAAAAAAUCAUUGAUUUUCUUGAGGGGAGAGUUGGGACUGAGCAUGGAAGGGGGAGGGGGUGGGGGUGGGGUGUGGAUAGGUUAAAUGAUGGAGUGGGCAAGGACAUCUGCAAGUACCACAUUUAUUUACCUAUAGGCCAAGCUUGGCAAUAAGCAGAGACACUAAACUUAAGAGAUACGAUAAUGGGUGAAAGCUUUCCAAAAAAAAAAAAAUUGGAAAAGUCCUGGCUAUAAGCCAAGACUUAAGUUUCACAAAAAAGUUUACUUGAGUGAGUGUCCACUCAAAGUCAUUCAUGGUAGGGCUCCUCUCAUGAAACAUGUCAAAAGUUGUUGAAAAAUAUCAAACUUUUGGCUAUAAGCCGAACCCCUUUGUUCAAAUUUUUUUUGGCAGAUUUACUCUAAGUUUUUUAAAAAGUUGGUCAGCUUAUAGGUAAAUAAAUACAGUUUAACUAAUAAGCAAGUUUUUCACUCAGAGAUUAGAAACUUUUGAAAUUUGUAGUCAUUUUCAUUUUCAAAAGUACAUGACUGUGGAAAUACUUGAUAGACAGUGUACUUAGGUUGUCAUUUCUGUGUUCUGAUUUGUCACAGAUUAGUAUUGUCUUGCGGUCAUCACCUCAUGUACUGUGACUGAUUUUUAAAUUUGCUAGAAAUUUUUCUAAUCUAAUAACACUCUAUAUAAUAUUAUAUAUAUAUAUAUUUUUUUUUUUUUUUUGGUUUAAUUUCAGCAUGGAUGUAUAUUGGGUUCAUUGGUGCCUUUGUAUUUAUCCUUAUUCAACUGAUUUUGAUGAUUGACUUUGCACACACAUGGAAUGAGAUUUGGUACAGUAUAAUCACAGAUACUGAAAGUGACUUUUACUACUCUGACAUACAUGUAUUGCUCUAAUGCUUGCUGAAAAGUAUAUGUUAACAUUGUCAUUUUUUUUUUGUUAGGACAUCAAAUGCUGAAGAGACUGAUAACAAGUGUUGGUUUGGUGGUAAGUGUUAUGGAUUCUUGACUUGAUGUACAACUUUUUCUUGAUAGGCUCCCUCGGGGAGCAUUUCAAGAAAAGAGCUAAAUGAAAACUUGGUUGUGAAAAAGCUAAAUGAAAACUUGGUUGUGCUGGUUGAUGGGGAAUUUUACAGUUUGUCUCAAUUAAAUGCUGAUUGGGUUUCAAUUUUCAAUUUGAUCUUCUGUUUCUUGAACUUACCAUCCAGAUACUCUUAGAAGAAUUUUAGAGGCAUUUGUGGUAACAUCAUUAUUUGAAUUAAUGACACAGUAUUGAUUAGAGAUUGAAAAAUUAGUCAUUAAAUUAGUAUGCAUCGGGAGAUUGAGGUAUGCACAAGUCAUUAGAGGAAUGGUGAACUUUUAGCAGAGAAGGCAUGUAAUCAGGAAAAACUCAGUUCCCUGUGGGGAAAUGAAUCCAGACAGUCACUUUUGUACAUGGUAGGUUUGCCAUCCUAUAUCUGUCGAGCUACAGAGAACUUUUCAUUGAGCAAGGCCAAUAAAAUGAAUAUAUAUAUAUAUAUAUAUAUUUAACAAAUAGAUUCCAAGUUGCCGUGCGUCUGUUCAGUAAUAGAUCACAGACGACAUCAAAAUGUGGUAAGAACAAAAAAGUGGUACAUAAGGCACAGCCAAGUGCAUCACUGAUGUUCUUACCACAUUUUGACGUCCUCUGUGAUCUAUUACUGAGCAGACGCAUGGCAACUUGGAAUCUAUUUGUUUUAUGUAAUAAAUAAUUUGAAAAAAGUUUUAAUGAUGAUGUUAUCUAUACGUCUGUCCUCCAAUAGAUCAUAAGUGAGAACCAAUCAGAAUGUGUGCAUAACUGAGUUUAUUAUAUAAAUAAUUAUAUAUAUCAACAAUUAUUGUUUGUUUUUAGGGCUGUUUUUCUUCAUGUUCCUGUUUUAUGCUUUGGCACUGACUGGGUUUAUCCUCUCAUUUGUCUUUUUCACGCAGGUCAGUCACAAUUGUUAAAAUGAUUUGUCAGGGGAAAAUGAUUUGAAUAUUGAUACUGUCAUUCUUGUAGUUGGGUAAUUUAGUGUUAUAUUGGCCACCAUUUAGAGUUUAAAGGCUGACGUUUCGAGCAUUAGCCCUUCAUCAGAACGAUUGGUCAAAGGACCAAUCGCUCAGAUGAAAGGCUAACGUUUUCAACAAUGUUGGACGACCUGUUCAAACGCACCGAAUAUUUGGUUCUACAAAGUGUUGAAUGCAUGUGCAAGCAAAUGUUGAAACUGCUUUUGCACAACGAUUGUUUAGGAUCCGAUAUGAAACAAGAGCAGUGGGAACAGCUAAAAUCAAUUGGCUGAUUGAUUUAAUUCAAUUAACAUAUGUAAACAUUUAAGUGAACAAUUCUGAGAAUAGAAUAAUCCAGAGGUUUUUACAGGAAAUAAACCAGGUGGAAUUCACUGCCGCAAAUCUUUAAUUUCACCAAGUAACAAAAAAGGAAAAAAAACAACACAUCAAAAAAAAAAAACAAAACAAAAACUUGCAACCACAAAAAAUGCGUUCAGCGUUCGAAGCAGGAGACUGAGAGGUUUGUUUCCAAUUGCAAGCAGAAGAAACCUCUGUAAACAAAGAUCAGGCGAAGAAAGGUUUGGAUCGUAGCCUCAAUUUUGAGAACGUAUGCAGACGGAAAUUUGAUGCACAUAGGAUGUUAUCUGGUUCUGUUUUUGUUGACUACAUGUUGAAAGUAGGCAAUUUAGCGUUAAAAACUAAGUUGAAAACGUAAAUUGGCCACCGUAAAGAGUUAAAAAGUUUUUUUACCCUUUACGGUGGCCAAUUUACGUUUUCAACUCAGUUGUUAUCGCUAAAUUACCUGCUAUAUUCUCCCACCGACGCAACACCACAGUUUCUUUAGAAACUUGCCCUUCUAUGCCUGUUGAAAGUGUUUAGUAUUAUGCAAUGUUGGAUGGUUAACACAAUUCUGAAUCUUUCUGUGACUUUUUGGAAGCUGAAGCUGAAGUGAGACCUGGAGGUCUUUUAGAUUUCUUUCAGGCGACUUUUACCUUGUCUUAUCAUACCGUAACCCAAAUUUCCUGGAAAAAUAAGAUUUUGAUUUAAAGAGAACAUACUGACUAAAAUGUCAGUAACCAGUCGCCACAUAUCCUUUCAGAGGACUUUGUGUGUGAGACUCAGGCCGCAGGUUUGCAAGUCAGCAAAUGGAAGAUUUUGAUUAGAAGUAAACAAACAGUUAAAGGGGUAGUAUGAUCUAGAAAAAUUUUACCUCUAUUUGAAGAACUUUUCCUCAGGAAUUGGAAUAUAAUUGCCGUUUUGACCAGUUUACCUUGCAGUUGUGACAGUAGCGCUUUGAAGUUCUUAUCAACAACUUUCGCUACUAGAAAAACGCCAUCUUGGAUAUGACGUCAGCUAUGACGUAGCAGUAGUCAAACCUCGUUCAAAGCUUUGAGCAGAUUGACCCUUCCGCCGAGUAUUUCUUAUAACAGUUAAACUAUGGUUAACUUUCUUGUGGGUUACUGUCAUAAUACUCACAAAAACACAGAAGGGAAAGGAGUAAACUUCCAUAAGCUACCCAAAAAUGAAAAUCUAAAGAAAAUUUGGUCGGCAAAAGUAAAACGCGAGGACGGUUUGCAGAAACCCGAGAAAUGCUAAUUUUGCUCAGAUCACUUUAUCGUGGAAGACUUCAAGCGGAAUAUACAGGGUUGAAAGUUGUGCCUUUAGACCUUUGCUUUGCUCCAAACUGAAAGCUAUGUUUACCUUUCGCAUAUUCAAAAUGUAGAUUUUCCAUAAUUUUUUAAAAGAACCACUGUAAUGGAAGCGUAAUCAUUGGUGAUUGACCGCGUGUGGUAAAUUCAGUCGCGACCAAAGGCGACAUUCGCCGUUUUUUCCCAAAAAUGUUUCCCAAACAUUUUUCUAAAGCAAUAUUUAUAAUUAUUUUAAAAGGCAAUUGAAUAUUUAUUAAUUUUAGAAUCACCGUAAAAAUGUCUCCUCGUCACUCUGUGUAAAUAAGAUAAUAAGGAAAACCGUUAGUGUGUUCAGUGGUUGGUUUUUUCUUUCUUGUCGAAAGUACAGUAUACCCGUUCCACGCCCACCAAAGGAGGACCUGCUCGCAUGGCAUGUCUCCAGAUUUGGAAAAAAAAUUAAGCAAGUGAAAAAAAUAAAAAUACAAAAAUUAAAUAAUCCGCCUACAAUGCCACUAGCAUUCACAUCGUUAGUUUUAAGUUUUAGGAACAGACAGUUCAAGGUAUUUUAAUGAUUGGAAAUGGAGUCGAUACCUUUAUAGCGGCGUAGAAAAACCUCCUUUAAUGUUUAGGAAAUACAAAGACAAUUUUUUUUUUAAUUAAACGUGACUAUCCCGGCCAUGAAUCAUUCUCCUCAGCGUCUUUAAAGCCUGUAUAAUUUCCGGCUGCAUUUGGGUAAUUACUUCUCAUUGAUGCCCCAACACGCGUUUGUUCCCGUUACCAAGAUUGUUAUAAGUCCACCAAGUGGACUGUCUAUAACCCGCCAAUCGCAUACUCAUAUGAAAAAAACAAAAUACUCCUAUACAUGGUCAGAACGGAACCUAGACAAAUGCAUUUGAAAUAAACAAAUUCUACUUCGUCAAGCAGGCGCCUAUUUGUAAUGAGAUCGAUAUCCUAAGCUAACACUUCGACAACGGGAGACUUCCUGACGCGCGUCGUAUAACGUGAGGUUCUGUGUACACGUAACAAAUUUGGAACAGUAGACCUCCUUUUUUUAAUUUUCCCAGAGUAGGGAAUGUAAUAAUUCUCUUUAGUACUCUUUCAUUCAAUUUUGUCUCGUUCACGUUCAUACUUACUCAUGAUUUACCUCCAUUAGGAAAACAAAGCAUACAAACUAAAGAAAUCUAUAUACAAUUGAUAUUGCGGUGAAGUUCACCCCUACGACAAAAGAUUACAACAUCGCUUGGGAUAAAAGGGCUGACAACAAACUGCAUUUGUUUCUUACGGUUCGCAUCAGACUAACUUGCAGACAACUUAAGCGUUUUGUUUGCAUGAAUUUUGUGAAAAUGUUUAGAUUCUGUCAAUGCUUACUCAUUUAACGGAUAAUCUUCAAGUCAAUCAUUUCUCACUUGGUGAAUGCUAAUAAGGGCUGUUCUUAAGACGUCGGCCAGUAAACACACGGGUCUAAAUGAUCCGUGCUUAGCAGUGUGAAAUAAAUCCGUCGCGAGCACUGCGCUGUUCUUUUGUAAAAAAUUAAAAAAACUAUCACUUUAGAAACAAAGAUGUUAUUUGAAAGGAAUUAACUACCUUCCAGAGCUAGUCAAUCACCUAGUACAUUAAUUUCUUGACUGCAAUUUAGUUUUCUGUUGGCAUCUCUUGACAGUUGCCGCGAGCUAAGAGCACCACUCACGAUUUCCAAGACGUGAGUGCGUAGAUGUUUCUCCUUGUAUAUCUCUGAGUUUCUUCGUCAACAAAAAUUUCUCCUUCUCCUGAAGACGAGCUAUGUUGCGGCUCAAACAUGAAUGGACGAAUUACACCGUCUGAAUUAAGAUCCAAGUCGAGAAUUGAAUUAUCGCUCUCCUUGCCGCUGUUUUCUCUGUUUUCAAUUUCAAAAUGUCAAUUUUUAAAACGUGAUUUCUGGCAACAAAAACACUUUCAGCUUAAAUGAAUAGCCAAUUAUGACAAAACAAGUCAGGACCUUUUGAUUUAAGCAAACUUCUUCUAGGUCGUACUUCUCCUUAAAGUCUUUUACUACUAAGGGAAUAUAAAAUAUAAUUAGCUUGCUCUCGUAUUUCAUUUCGUGAGAUGGUUGAUUAUACAAGGGACCAGGGAGGGUAAGAUUUCAGGGGUAGAUGAAGGUUUUGUUCGAUUCUCGUAUUUCAUGUACGUCACAUGUUGUCGACUUGCCUUAUCUUAGACAUUUAUACUUUGUUUUAGGUGGUUUUAGAUUGUGUGCGAGUGGCUGUAGAUGUUUUUAAGGUGGUUGUUGAAACUUUUGAGGUGGUUUUAGGUCAUUCCAUAUUUUAGUGCGUACAGACUUAUAUAAAUUGAUCAUUUACCGAAGUUUGCCACAGAAAACUCUGUUUGGAGCAAUUUAUGGAACUAAUUGGCUAACAAGAUCAAAAUUGUCUUUCAUAUUAUCCUCUGGCAGGUGCUUUACCGAAGUAGCCACCUACUUCAAAUCUUAUUGAAAGCACUGAAAUUGGCCACCACAAAGAGUUCAAAGGCUGAUGUUUGGAGCAUUAGCCCCUUGUCAAGGGGUUGGUCAAAGGACCAAUCACUCCGACAAAGGGCUUACACUCAAAACAUCAGCCUUUACACUCUUAUACAGUGGCCUAUUUACAUUUUCAACUCAGUUGACAACACUAAAUUACCCUGUUAUACUCUCCCACCAACACAGCACCACAGUUUCUUUAGAAACUUACCCUCUUUAUCUUCAUAGUAGACUGAAUCUCACUGUUACAUUUUUAAAAAAUUUAAUUGUUUUUUUUUUAGUCAAGUGGUUGUCAUAUGAACAAGUUCCUCAUCAGCUUCAACUUCAUAAUGUGUUUUGUCAUCUCAGCUAUUUCAAUUCUGCCCAAGAUCCAAGAAGGUGCAUACAUAGUAGCAUUACUUGACAUAAAUUUAAUUAAAUUGAUUUAUCAGUGUCUUUGCAAUUGUCAACCAAAUUGAUUGAUUUUUACAAGUCAUCUAUUUAUUUCUUGUAAGUUACCAAAUCGAUUUUGAAAAUUCCAAACUCUUAUCUGUUACUAAACUCACUUUUAUUAACUGACUUUAGACAGUUAUUAUUAGCUUUAAACUCUUGUAAGCCCCUCAUUAGUGGCAAAUGGUGGGAGAAGUUUGACCCUUUAGGUAGAUGUGAUUGUUCAGUUGAGGUUGAAACUCAUAAACAGCUAAAUUUGAAUUUAUUUCUUAUUCAAAGUAUGAAGGAGGAAUAGUCAGAUCUUCUCUGUGCCUAAACUUAGCUUGCUCCAAAUUUAAAGCAAUUUAUCAGUGGUUGAUUUAAUUUGAGCAAGUGAUUGUUUUGAACAAUUUUAUGCUGGUUAGUGAGCUUCAUUCACCACAGUGACUGCACCUUUUUCUCCUACAGUACAACCCAAGUCUGGUCUCCUCCAGGCCUCCAUCAUCUCUCUGUAUGCCAGCUACCUGACCCUAUCGGCUCUCUCCAAUGAACCAAUAGAAAAAGGUAUUUUUGCUGCAUUCGCCAUUGGCAACUGAGAGGUUUGCUGGGAUGUGGCAGGAAUAAUGAGGGCUAGAUUUUAAGAUAAUGUGUUGUUCCUUUUUUCCUUGUUAGUACAAUCUCAGGGAGGAAACAGCACCAGUCAAGAAAUUUGUGGGAGCUCAAUUGGGACAAUUGAAAACUCAGAGACACUGGCUUUAAUUGUUGGGCUUGUUAUAAUGUUUGUGCUUGUCAUUUACUCAAGGUCAGUUUCAGCCGUGUCAGUAGUAAUAUAUUGUUGAGUGUCAGUUGCCAAGUUAUACAGACUCAGUCAUAAUAACCACAUAUAUGAGAACACAGAUUUUCCACUAUGGCCAUAACAAGAUGAGGUAAACAGUAAUUUGAUUCCAGUGAGAAAUGAUGUUCAGAUAGGUUCUUGGACAAAUUCUUAUUGCAAUAAUGUUUUUUUAAAACAUUCUCAAAAUAUUAAAUCUAAAAAUGUGUCAUCUUGUUGUAGUCUGAGAACGGUAGGAAGUGCAGAUAAACUGGUUCCAUCAGCAGGGGCCAGUUCUAAAAAUGGUAUGUAAAGUCCAUUUUUAUUCAGUAGGUGUAAUGGUGCACAACAUAUUUAAAAGCUUAUUGGCUUACUCAGGCAAGUUAUUGGCAGAAAAUACUUUUUUUCGCUAUCUUUCCUGGACAGCCUGAUGUUUUAAAAGUAAGAAGGUUUAGAAACAAUGUGCUCUUUCAACUUUUUCGUGACUGUUCCAGUUUGCUACAAGCGGCACAUUAUGGCCACUAGGCUGGGUGAAGGUAUUGUCAUUUGUUGGUCGCAAGCAGAAAAGUUGACAUGCAAUAAGAGCUUUAAAGAUCAGUUAUUAACCUUCUAGAUGCUGGCACCCUCAUAAGUUCAAAAGUUUUAUCUGGUCAUGAAUAACUAUUUCUACAAAGUUCUCAGGAGGUUUGUGUAUAACAAAUUCUUAAUUACAGCUGAUGAGGAGAAAGGAGGGCAGGAAAUAAUUAGCGAUGAAGAGGAAGAAGUGGCUUACAGUUACUCCUUUUUUCACUUCAUUUACUUCCUGGCCUCACUGUAUAUUAUGAUGAUGCUCACAAAUUGGUACAGGUGAGCUCUUUUUGUUGGGAUAUUGUGCAGUUCUCAAGCAGAAAAAAAAUUUGGGUUGUAAGAUGGUUUCUGGAAAAAAAGAAAUUAUUCAUUGUAACUUCUCAAGGGAUGCAACCAGAUGAAUAAAGAUUAAAUGAAAUACUAUUGCUAACUGAUCAUAGGGAACCUUGUAAGAGUGCUUGUUCUGCUUAUAACAUAUCUUUGAGAAUUUCUGGCAUAGUGGUCUAGAUAAAUUGUUAUUUGUCAUCCUCCUACAUCUAAUCAACGUAUUGCACUGGUAUGUUGAAAUAAAUUAUUUCUUCUCCCAAUAGUCCCCAGGGCAGCGAUCUGGAGAAUUUCCAGAGGACUUCUGGAUCAGUAUGGGUCAAGAUGAUAUCUUGUUGGCUUGGUUUUGCAUUGUAUCUGUGGACACUCUUAGCUCCUGCCUGCUUUCCAGACAGAGACUUCAGUCGUACUCUUGCUGCAUAACAGAGCAAUGAUACAGCGUUCUACACUUAGUGGUUAUUUUAAAGUAUAUAUCAUUGGAGUGUUAAAAGUUAAUAACAUGAUUUUGAGUAAAUUUUUCAAAGACAACAAAACUGCACAAGCCCGUAGGGCGAGGGCAAUUUGUAGUCUUUGAAAAAAUUACAAGUGCGUAUUACACCAACUUGCAAGAGAACUCAUGUUAUUACUUGUUAAUAAUGUUCGUGAAAAAACAUCACAGAAAGUCAAGACAGACGAAAUGCUUUAACUGAGCAUGUGCUAUUUGUAAUUUGCGCCCGUGUUACAACUUUGCACUCAUGUUGCAUUAAAAGGCAUUUGUUUUCAACCUGUCAGAAGCGGGUAAUUUUUUCAUGUACAUUAUUACUGACGAAAGUUUUGUAUAACUGCAUUUGUUUUGCUGGGGUUUACUCUCUAAUUAGUUUAAAGAAAACUCAUGCCACCUUCUCACCCAAUCAGAUGCAAGACUAAAAGCUAGGGCCUCUAGGUCACUCGUGCUUUGCGUUUUCAUUGGCUCCCUUAGAUAUAACCCCUUGCUCCGAUUGGCCUUCGAGAUAUUCGCGGUAGCAUUGACCGGUUUAGUUGAAAGUUGCUCCAAGCAAUAAAAUGAGGUUUAGAUUUUGGUGCAAGGAGUAACGCGAACCAAACUGUUCAGUCAGAGUUAUUAUUAGUA